CUUCAACAACUCAACAAUAACAACAUCAGUAUGGAACUGACCACAAUAAUACUAUUACCAAAGCCACGAUGUAUUGCCAAAAGUGUCGUGCACCACUUAAGCUAGACAGCUCAUUAGCAGAUCUAAAUCCAGCUGCAUUCGAACUGCUUGCUGCUUCGUCUUCUCAAAAGCAACCUAAGAGACAGCUGUCAUCCCGUCUAACCUACCCAAAUGAUUCCGAGCGAAGAGCCCUAUAUGAUAGGGUAUCUAAAGAUACAGGCCCUGCUACUUUUAAGAGAAAUGGUAGCGCCUUGCGUAACGAUGGCCAACCUCGCGAUAGCUCGGCCAUGUCUUUCGUCCUCCUAACCGAGUCUCAAGUAGCUCCACCGAGACUUACACCUCCAAUAGAACAACCAAAUCAGAAACAACAACGUCGAAUAUCCAUGUCUAAUGGGCAACGUAAUGAUGGGAAACCGGCGCAACCCCACGAAGCCGAACGUAUCAAUAAGCUCUUCGAAAUAUUAUCUGCGCGAUCCGAUAUCGAUCAUCCCAUUUGUGUUGAAUGUACGGAAAUGCUGGUGGAUGGACUUCAAAAGAAAUUAGAAUCUACGGCACGGGAACGAGAUGCAUAUGCGGCAUUCUUAAAGCAAGUCCAGGCCGAUGUGCCGAGCGAAGAGGAUAUUGCCGAAUCCGAACAGGCUUUAGAAAAGGCACGGAAUGAAGAAGAAGAAUCAAUGAAACAACUCGAGGCCCUAGAGAAAGAAAAGGCGGCUCUUGAUUUAGAAAUCGCAGCUCUGGAAGAGGAAUCGGCGGCACUAGAUACUGAAGAAGAACAGUUCUGGAGAGAACGCAACGCAUUUACGACGAAACUUACAGAGUUCCAGAACGAAAGAGAUAGCAUAAACUCCAAAUUCGACCACGACUCUCAACUCCUAACUAAGCUUCAGCGAGCGAAUGUUUAUAACGAUACAUUCUCGAUACAUCACGACGGUCACUUCGCGACAAUCAACGGUCUCAGGCUAGGUAGAUUAUCGUCGAAACCCGUGGACUGGCCGGAAAUAAAUGCUGCCUGGGGACAGGCAUUAUUAUUAGUCGUCACUGUUGCUGAUAAGCUGGGAUAUAAAUUUGAUAGCUACGAGCCACUCCCUAUGGGCUCGACAUCGAAGAUCAUUCGAUAUGAUUAUCAAUCUCCGUCAUCUAGUCGGUUAGGCGGCCAUCGAAGCGGUCCCCCGCCAGCACCUAAGAAGACUGUUCUGGAGCUCUUUUGCUCCGGCGACCUUCCACUGCAAAUGUUAUUUAAUAGGAAGUUUGACCAAGGGAUGGUUGCCUUCUUAGAGUUAGUGAGACAACUGGGAGCCUUCGUCCACCAACAGACGAAAAAUAGCGAGCAGGGCGGCUACGCAACGACCCCGCUAGCGCUCCCCUAUAAGAUCGAAGGAGACAAGAUCGGGGAUGAUAGGAUAGGUCAUUUCAGCAUCAAAUUAGGGAUGAACACGGACGAAAGUUGGACCAAAGCGUGCAAGUUUGCGCUCACGUGCUGCAAGUUUCUGAUCGCGCACGCAAGUAACGUUAGCCAUGUCACUAAUGGUCGUUGAGCCCUAUCGGCAUUUAGGUAUUAGGUCAUCAGCAUGGUGUCAGGCGUUUCUCGAGGUCGGCAGGACGUAUUAUACCACUGGCUAGUUUGUUAUACAGCCUUCAAAGUGUGAGAUUAUUAGCUAUCAGGAGUAGUGCACCUACUUGGGUGAGGUUAGGGACCCUUGACUUUCUUGCGCCCUUGAGGUGUAUAGGGACCAAUGUAUUAUCUGUUAGUUUUAUACACGAGACGUGAUAGAUUAUCGCGACGUCCCAGACUCUUCAUAAAGAAUAAGUAAGCUUAUUCAUCGACACGGAAUCAAUCCUGCUCCCCC